AGUUUAGUUUUAGGCGCUCGACGUGACGGGUUAACGAGGUGUCAAAGGAAACGCAUUCUCCACCCUCUCACAAUAAAAGAAAAAACAAUCAAUAUAUCGCAUUUAAAGCUGCAAAUUUUUCGUGCUUUAGUGAUCUUUUCGGAUCUUUGAGACUGAAAAAAAAAGAUUUUAUUUUUUUAAUUUAAAGUUUUGGUGUGAAUUAUCGAUCUUUUUUUUGGGAUUGAGUUGAAAAAAAAAGACCGUGCAAAGAUCACGUAAAAGCGACGGGAUAAGUUUAUUUUUUUGGUGAUCGCGAGUGCUGAUCUUCCGCCACUCUUGAUCAUUUCCCACGAAAUGUGCAUCGCAGUGUCGCAGUGAAUGGAUUAAUUCCGCCACCGACAAGAUCGCUAUGGAGGAUCUUAAUGAUCCCCACAAGUAAUUUGAGUGUGUGAAGCUCUUGUUGUGUCUCUUAAUGGAUUACCUCGAGGAUUUUUGGAUUAUUCACUCAACAAUCACAACAAAUUAUCUGAGAUUUGGUGUAGAUGGGUGAUAGUAAAAACGUGUUUUAUGAUUUGCUGUGUGUGGUGUUUUUAUCGCCGUUGUGCCCCCCAAAAAAGGAAAAUCCGACGCGUAAUCCCCCCCAAAUGUUAAAACAACGAAAAACAUCAGAGUGAUUUCAAUAAAUCAUAUAUGGGAUAUUCUUUUGAUUAAUUGACGAGAAAAAUUCCUGUGGUGGAUUUUUUUUAAAGUGAAAACAAAGAAGGAGAACAGUUUAAGUGUCGAAAAUUCCUCAUAAGUCGCACACCAAUUAAUUUCCGCACGGGGAUUAGCCGGGGAAUCAAUCAACCGUCGGCAUGCUGAUCGCGAUCAUUAGUGAUCUUCACAAGGAAUCACACCCUUGAUCGUUUAAGCUUUUGUGCUUUGUUCGUGUUUUUUUUUUCAUUUGUUUGUUUGUUUGGUUUCCGUGAGCUUAAGAUCUUGCCGUGGGAUCGUGCAUUUGGCACCCCCUUUGCAACACAACAUGUCCCCCAUUAGACUGUCGAUCACCACAAUGAGGAUCGUGGUGCUGAUGAUUUUUGUUCAGCUGGCGGAUGCUUGCGGUCCUGGCCGAGGGAUCGGUGGCCAGCGUCGUGGGCGGAAGUUGACGCCACUCGUGUUCAAGGAGCACGUCCCGAAUGUGUCAGAAAACACCCUCGGAGCCUCAGGGCUGGCCGAGGGAGCGAUCACGCGUGAUGAUGAUCGCUUCAGAGACUUGGUGCCAAAUUACAAUCGCGACAUUAUCUUUAAGGACGACGAGGGAACAGGAGCAGAUCGUCUAAUGACACAGCGCUGCAAGGAGAAACUCAACACCUUGGCGUGGUCUGUGAUGAAUCAGUGGCCAGGAGUAAAACUGAGAGUGACCGAGGCAUGGGCCGAGGAGCGACUUCAUGGUCACGAAUCGCUGCACUACGAGGGCAGGGCUGUGGACAUCACGACGUCCGAUAAGGAUAAGAGCAAGUACGGCAUGCUGGCACGAUUAGCUGUGGAAGCGGGGUUUGACUGGGUCUUCUACGAGAGUCGAGGCUACAUUCAUUGUUCUGUAAAGUCAGACUCAUCGCAGGCAUCCUACACUUCAGGCUGCUUUACAGCAUCCAGCACAGUAGUCACGGAGUCCGGAGAACGACGCAGACUAUCUGAUCUGAGGAUAGGCGAACGUGUCCUGAGCAUAGAUGAGGACGGUCGACCUGCUUUCAGUGAAGUUAUGCUGUUUCUUGACCGAAAUGCCGACGAAGAGCGGCAAUUCGUGCACAUUGAGGCAGAUGGCAACACCCACCUCUCAGUCACCCCCAGCCAUCUCCUGAUGAGCGUAGAUAGCGUGGGUUCGAGGAGUUUUGUCUUUGCUGACAGCAUUGAGGAGGGGGACCUGCUACUCGUUGCCGUGAAUGGUACGACGCUGGUACCGCGACGAGUACUUCGAGUUUCCGUGGCCGUGUCUCGAGGGGUCUUUGCACCACUCACGCGACACGGCACAGUCAUCGUAGACUCCGUAGCAGCUUCGUGCUACGCUCUAGUCGAAAGUCAGUCAGUGGCCCACUGGAGCUUCCUUCCUGUGCGUGCUGCCACGACCAUCAGCAGGUGGUUCAGUGCCACAAAAGUGCCAGAAGCGUCGCGCCAAAAUGGCAUCCAUUGGUACGCGAAAGCUCUCUAUGCCAUCAAGGACUACGUGCUUCCCGCCAAAUUGCUCCAUCACUGAGGCUUCGUACGCGCAUAGCUAUGUCUCUUCGGCUCACCAAAAUGCUUCAAAGAAAACAAGGAAAAAACCACCAAGAGAGACAAUAAAUCACAUUCUGUGUGUCUGAAUGACUCAAGUGUAAAAGGGCAAAAAGACGAUACUUUUUAACAAGUUUUAAAAUAAUUUAUGCAAUUCUCACGCCGGCCAGUGACGAGUUUGAUGGACAUUUUAAUGAAAUCAUAAACAAAAGGUGAUAUAGAUUUUCUUCUGUGUAAUUAAAUUUAUGUAAUUUAUCACUCUUUAUUUUAUAUUAUACAAAAAAAAAACAAAACAAGAUUAUAAACACGCGUAAGGUUACAUCUGUAAAUACGACGUCAUAAAAUUUAGGAAAAUUAUUCGAAAUGAAAAGGAGAGAAUAGUCGAUUUUUAAUUAAUUAAAAAAAAGAAAUACCACUGCUAGAGAGAAAGAGAAGACAUAUUUAAAUAUUUAAUGUUUUUCUAAUAAAUGUAAAAAUAAAAAACUGUCCAAACAUGGAGGUAUAAUGCAAAA